AUGUCCAACACAGAGGCUCAAGAAGAGCCGACAACCCGGGUCACAUACCUGGCAGGCUAUAUCUUCCUCUCUUAUGUUAUUAGCUCUAUGGGAUGUGCCACCACACUGGAGCUUCUCCACCGGCGGACAUCGAGAUCGGGUCUAUACAACUGGUACCUCCUCCUCACAUCAUCAAUAACAAUGGGCGGUAUUGGAAUUUGGUGCAUGCAUUUCAUUGGAAACCGCGCCAUUGUUCUGGGUAACGGCGAGGCCAACAUUCAAAUUCUAUACAACGUCGCUUUUACCGGAACCUCCUUCGUUCUUCCCGUCGCGGUACUCCUGUUUGCAUUCUACGCCGUCGGUGUAGAGGAGAAGGCAGGCUACCUGCGCAUUCUGAUCGGAGGUCUGCUCACUGGCAGCUCGGUUUGUGGAAUGCAUUACGUCGGCCAGCUCGGAAUAUCCAACUACAGCUGCUCCUAUCACCCGGCAAAUGUUGUUGGAUCGGCUCUCAUUGCUAUCUUCUCGAGUAUAGCUGCAUUGGGAAUCUUUUUCCGUUGGAGGGCUACUUGGACGGAUAGCUGGUGGAGACGUGGGAUGUGCGCGUGUCUGUUGGCUGUUGCAGUGACUGGUAUGCAUUGGACUGCGGCGGUUGGAACCUCAUACAAGGAUCAUGAUCGCAAUGUUGUCAAUGGUACUCAGCUCUCCAGAAGUCAGGUUGUGAUCAUUUGCGCUGUGCUGGCUUGUGUUGCAUGCUUGAUUCUUUCUGCCUGUGCGAUUGUUGCGGGCAGCAAUCGGCGAAAGUCGACGACCCGUGCUCAUCAGCUCGUUCUUGCUUGUGUAUACUUUGAUCCCACUGGACGAGUUAUGGUCACUCCUCAGGCUCUCCUUCCAACACGGAAGAUUGUUGAUCAUUAUAUCGGAAGGACAUUCAAAGAUGACGAUCUCACUCGAACACACCCCACCUUCCUUUGGGCCUUUAGGGCAACUCGCAACUGGCCUGUUGUGAAAGACCUUGUGCCAUUCAUGCGAAACCGCCUUGACUCCGAAGAACGAGCCAUCCAAAAGCAUGUGCUCUCGCGUGGAGUGGUCAUGGAUAAAGAGACCGAGUUACAGACCGACUUUGAUACAUUGUUCAAACAGCUCUUCUGUGUCACGGCCCAGGAAUUGUCAGAUGAGCUCCGAUUACCUCUUCAGGACUUAGGCACCCUUUACGACGAUGUGCUCUCAACGGCGAUUCCCGUAUCACGACUCUCUUGGGCAAUGGGUCGCUCCUCUCUUCGAACUGGCAAAGGCCAGAUGAUGUUCGCUGUUCGCCAGCUGAACAAACUAGAAGCAGCAAGACUUUCUUCUCAGGGAUUCCGUUUCGCAUCCAUCGAACAUGUCACAGGAACUCUCUCUCGCCGUAUUCACGUCCCAGAGGCGAGCCUGGCUCACUCUCUCCGCGAUAUGCGCGACUAUGCAAGCACAAAACGCGGGUUUGAAGAAGGCGUUCAUCUCAUUUCCUUCGUCAUGCGCCCGACAGUUCAUGAUCAUUUCGAGAUCCUCACAACAAAGGGCGUGGGUAAUCCUCUCCCUUCCACAACACUACCAAUGAAGCACCUACAAGGUCAUCACCUUGAACUUCUCUCUCAGAUGGAAGGCCGGUCCAUGGACGCCUGUAUCAAAUACCUCCAGUCCGAGGCCUCAUCUCGGGCUUUCCCCAAUCUACCCGAUUUCCGCUCCCACCUCACACAAUCCAUCAUCUCUCUCUCCAAAACCCUCCCGGAAGACAUGCGCUCAGCAGCGCAGCUUUCCGCCCGCCCAUUAAUAGCCCCUUGUCGCAGUCAACCCUCAAACCCCGAACAAUCCUUCCAAACAUGCACACUCAUCACCUUCUGCGUCGUCGGCACACUCGACACCCAAGUCCCGAACCCAGACUACACAUUUACCCCAUUCCGUCUGUUCCGCGUGCAACAGCAAGUGAACGAAGCCAUCGCCGAUCGCGAAGGCUUUGCCCGCGAACUAGGGCAAGAGCUCUUCUGCACAGACGUGCGGUCCGGCCCCGCAGGCAGCGAGACUGACCUCACAUCAACAGCCAAAAUGGCCAUCUUGCACAUGUGGCCUUCACACAAGCGCUCCAAGUCUUCAAAAGGCGGCUCUGGCAGCUCGCUGCAUUCCCAGGAAUCCUUGGUUGAGCCUGCGGCAAUGGCAUUGCGUGACAUCACGGUCCAUAAAGAAGUCAGGGUCGAUGUUACCCGUUUGCAUGAGGCGAACAUGCAAAGUGGUCUUAGCAAUCAUGACUCCAGGACUAUUGUUGCUGCCGGUGAAACAACUCCGGCUACUUAUGUUGAUGAGUUGUAUAGUCUUUGCUAUGCGCCGGGGAUCCGUUUCAGGCCUGAUUCAUCGCUGCAUCAUCUGUCGCUCAAUUCAACACCUUCAAGUGGGUAUGGUGCAUAG